AUGCAGAUUCAAAACCUCCUUACUGUGCUCAGCCUGUGCGCUGUCGCCUUCGCCGAGAACAAGGUCGAACCCGAUGACGUGCCCCAGGCUUGCCGUACUACGGACAGCUGCCGUCAAGUCAUUGACGUUUCGAGAUCCUGUGAUCAGACGACCGACAAUGACAACACCUACCGCAGCUGUGUUUGCGGGACUACAAACAUACAGACGUUGCUGAACGACUGUGCUACCUAUGUCACUGAUCUGAUGCGCGACUGCGGCUGGGCUUAUAACACUACCGCCACCACCACAAGCCUCAGUGGAACCGUGAGACCAACAGUCCUUCCCAGCCCAACUACGAUUACAAGUGGAGGAACCACCAUCACCACUACUCCCACUCCUACUCUGGGAACAGUGGCCUCAACCACUUCGACCCCUGCUGGAGCCCCCGCUGUCACCGCUGGUCUGGGAAUGCUUGCCGGAGUCGCCCUUGCAAUCCCGGCCCUCAUCUGA